AUGCCCAAGAAACAAUUUUUGAGAGAUACCAAGAAAAAAUCCAAGCAUGCACCACAGAUCCCAGCAACUGCUGAUGAAUAUCUUGCCGCUGGGGUGGAUUUCGAAGAAGCAGGUGAGAAGUGGAGAGGUGGUGAUGCUGUAAAGUCAACGAGGUUCUUCGUCAGAGCAAUCGACAAUUAUGAAGAAGCAUUAAAAAACUUCCCAAAUUCCUUCGAUCUUGCUUACAACAGAGCCCGAGUCUUGUAUGAGCUCACACAGUAUCCAAAGCUUAGAGCACAAUUACCUGGAACUCUCUUGGACCUUCUAUCAGCUGCUCUAGAAGCCAGUCGAUUUGCAUUGAGUUUGAAGCAGGAUAAUGCGGAUAUCCUGUUCAACACCGCCCAGGUUCUUACCAGUAUUGCGGAAGUAACAUCAGAAACGAGAAAUGUCGGUAAUGACAACAACCUGGCUUUACUGGAGGAAGCUAUUGAGCUCUUUCAAAGAUGUUUGGCGUUGCAGGAGUACCAAUACACCGAAUCACAAACCCAAGCUGAAUCUGUACCCACAUCAGAUGAUGAUCCAGACAUGGAAGAAGGUGGAGUUUCACUAUCUGAUUCUAAUUCUCAGCCCCCACAAGAUGAUCGAUGGGCGAGUAUUGUUGAGCCAGUAACUCUUGAAACUUUACUAGACACAGUAGUAGCUCAACUUCAAACACUCGCAAUACUGUGUGGACUGGUGAACGUCGAUGCUGGUCGAGGUCUAGCAUGGAUUGAAGAGUAUUCAAUGACAUUGCUCGGUCAAAAAUUACAAACCUACCUCGAAGGCACUGUUGACCGACAGCAAGAAGCUGGUCUUGCAAAGUCUAACUUUAUUGCCGCUCUCGCCGAUGCCAAUUUCAGAUUCCAACGAAUUGAUAUUGGUACAUACGAACGAACCUUAAACGAUGCUUAUGCAUCGUUGAGCCUCGACGACCAUCCCGAGGGACUUUGUGAUAAAGCUGAAGCAUUCAUCUCAUAUAAUUCUUCUCUUCGUCUUAAUCAUGAAGCAGCUCAGUCACCCGAAGUAUCAGCAUCACGAUGGAAGGUAUUGACGGCAGCACUCGACAAUCUGACGAAAGCUUCAAAACUUCCUUCGGCCGAAAAUCUACCAAAGAUUCAUAUUUUACGGGGUGAUGUUGACCUUCUGAGAUUUCAGUUAGGCCAGCCACCUAGUAACUACGAGGUUUCUUUCAAGAAUGGGGCAGUUUUAACCAAAAAUGCCGAAAAAUUCUAUCGUGGCGCUGGAAAUUUUGCGAAAGUUGAGGGGUUGAGGAAGGAGUUAGAGGAAGCUGAAGUUAAGGAGGCUCUAGCUAUGAGUUUGUAUGGCGAGCAAGAUAAGUUAUUGAGAUGUGUUAAGUUGCAACCUGAGGUAGUAAGGAAUGUUCUGGAGGAUGCUAUUGAUGAUGGCUUGGUCUCGUAUGAGUCUUUAUCCGCCAUGGGGAUUGCAUAG